UAAUAAUUUAUUGCAACUUCUUCCUAAUGGUGUUACCAAGAACAACAUGGAAGCGCAUAAAAACGCCGGAUCAAAACGCUACUAAAAACUUCCACCGAGACGUUUAUAUCAACAGAUUCAAUAAUGAUGGCCAGAAUAUCCAACAGCCAAAAUAUCGAAGUCGUGGAGCUGGAUGAAACGAAAAACACGAAUCUGCAUCUGCUGGCGAUGAAUGGCGAUCAUCUGGAGCUGGCCAAGUUCAAAGCCUUCGAUAAAAUCGAUGCGCGGAAUACAUUCGGCGUAACUCCGCUAAUGUGCGCGGUAAGAAAUGGACAUUUGGACGCAGUCAAGGUAUUAUUGGACUUACGAGCCGAUGCAUCAAAGAUGAACAAAUACGGGGGUAGCGUGUUUCUAAUGGCUGUCGCUUCCGGUAACCUUGACGUGGUGACUAUUCUGCUGCAUCAUUUGCUUUCUGGUGGUGUGUCCCGGCAAGUGAUAGAAUCACAGAUCUCCCCGAUAGCGUUAUCUAUUCUGUUCGACCACGAGGAUGUUUUUAGGCUUUUGAUUGGAAGCAACUUCAACGUGCAAGCGAGGUCAUUCAACACAAAUCUAACACCUUUAAUGUUUGCUGCACUCAAUGAGAAUCAAUUAUUUCUGAAUCAAUUGCUUCUGUUGGGUGCAGACGCACGUGUGCGAAGCGCCAACAACGAAACCUGCAAUGAUCUAAAGAAAUUUAAAGAGGAAUCGACGAAUUCUCAACAACAUCAACCAAAUCCUGCAAAUCGGAAACUACGUAUUAAAAUUCCUCCACAUCAUCAACUGCAGCAGCAUCAAACAAAAUCGCCAGUUAUAAUUGUACGUUCACCAUCAUUAUCUAAAUGUAAUCCGUUGUUGCGAUUGUCGCGGAAAUCAUCAGACACGUGUUCCCCGGACGCGAUCACCCCGGCUAUCUCACCUGUGGGCUACUACCCCCAGGUAUUCUUUCCUGCAGAUUUAAUUCCAUCACAGUUUGCAAGUCCCACAUAUUUUAUCAGUCGGUGCGAUUCGCCCUUCCAAAACUUCGUGAUAUCUCCUUUUCAUUCUGAUGAUGUGUUUUUCAUAUGAAACUUAUAAAUCAGUAUUUUUGUUUUGUUUGCACAUUUGUUUGUUGUUAUAUAUUUUGUUAUGGCAAAAACACGUUAUACGUGCAUGCAUCGAUUAUUUGGCCAGCGCCUAGCCGAACUUUCAAAGGAUAUCUUGGAGCUGAUAACAUUCGUCCUGCGUUAAGCGCUGUCAAACAAUGCGAGAUACUUUUACUUUAAUGACUUUAUAUAUAAUCUCUUGAAACGAGACUUUUGUUUGUAAUGUUACAUUAAGUGUUUGUUCUUUGAAUAAUGCUACAACAAUCAUAUAUUGAAAAAAAUCUAUUUCUUUGAAAAUAAUACGAAUAUUUUCGGGGUUUCGUUAAGUUGAAAUGCGAGUGAACUUUAAAUGUACGAGCGAGUCGUUUUUUAUUGUAAUUUGCUUUAGUGUCAUUUUAUUUCAAUGUAAAAUUUUAAAUGUCCUGUAAGGAUUCUAUUGUUAAAUGUGCACACAAUUUUUUUUUUCACAAUAAAAUAACCAUAAAGGAA